GGCUCAACCAGCUUCAGCACGUGGAAAGCUUCACACAUGAAGCCUCUGUGGUGAGAUACUGGGUAUUGCUGCCAUUCAUUUGCCUACAAUGACCAGUCUGAUUGACAUCCUGCAGUUCUUAACUUGAUCCUGGAGGACUGGUGGAGUAUGAAAGAGAGCAAAUUGCUGUUUAAAUACUUGCUGACACAGCACUGACAGCCAAACAACCUGGGAACUGGUGACUGGAUAGAGGAGGUGAACACAAACAGACAUGGGAUGUGGCGUCACAAAGUCCGACCAGUUCCAUAAACAAUCUAGAAAAGCCGUGACAACUCUAAGAGCCGCUGUCCUGAUUCAGAGAUGGUACCGUCAGUACGUAGCACGAACAGAAAUGAGACGCAGAUACACCUGGAACAUCUUCCAGUCCAUCGAAUACUCUGGAGAACAGGCUCAGAUAAAGCUUUAUAACUUCCUCGGCUAUCUCAUGGACAAUUUCACGCCUACAAGCAACGAGCGAAAUUUAAUCUCGCACAUCUUCAGAGAGAAUGAGGUUUGCCGCGAUGCGGAGUGGGAGAGGUACUUCUGCUUUGAGAACAUCGAGGUGCCGGAGAUUUACUCAGGACCUCAUCUCACAUUUCCACUCACGAUGGAGCAGGCAGUUGGGCUGGUGGAGGCCUUCAGGAACAAGAAACAGCUGCACUCACGCUACGUCCUCCAGCUGCUGCUGGAGACAUGGAAACUGCUCCGGAUGUUGCCAAACAUCAACCGCAUCUCAACCUGCCACAGUAAAGAAAUCACUAUUUGUGGUGAUUUGCACGGCCAACUGGAAGACCUGUUGCUGGUUUUCUACAAGAAUGGCAUGCCGUCCUUGGACAAACCCUAUGUGUUUAAUGGAGACUUUGUAGACCGAGGGAAAGACUCCAUUGAGAUCGUCCUCAUCCUGUUUGCGUUCCUGCUUCUCUAUCCGAGGGAUGUCUACCUCAACCGAGGAAACCACGAGGACCACAUAGUCAACCUGAGAUACGGCUUCACAAAGGAGGUGUUGACUAAAUACAAGCUGCACGGCAAACGGAUCCUGAAGCUGUUGCAGAAGAUUUUCAGCUGGUUGCCAUUAGCGACAGUGAUUGACCAAAAAGUGCUGGUGAUCCAUGGAGGGAUCUCCGACUCCACUGACCUGAGCGUCAUUGCCAGAGUGGACAGACACAAAUAUGUUUCAGCCCUGAGGCCUCCAAAGAGGAGACAUAUGAGCUCAGCGAGGACGUCAAUCGACUCGGACAUGGACGAAGAAGUCUGGUCCGCCAAUAGGUUCCUCCAUCGCAGAGGCUCACUUGUAUAUCCCAAACCUCUGGGAGCCCGCAGCAGCUUCCACAACUGCUCGCUGCAGGAUUUCUCUGACCGGAUCAAAGUGAACACGGAGGACGGACAAGACGUUCACAGGAGGAGACCGUCCACUUUCAUCUGUGGGAUCAACAGCUCAGAACAACAGGAGGCUGUGUCUGUGUUGUCUGAGUCCGUCAGCAGUGACACUGCCAACGAAGAGUGGAAACAGAUCCUGGAUUUGCUGUGGAGUGACCCGAUGACCCCGGAAGGCUGCAUACCCAAUGAAGUGCGAGGAGGAGGCUGCUACUGGGGCCCUGACGUCACCGAGGACUUUCUGAACAGACACAAUCUGCAGCUCAUCAUCCGCUCGCACGAGUGCAAACAAGAAGGAUACGAGUUUUGCCACAACCGCAAGGUCCUCACCCUGUUCUCCGCCUCCAAUUACUACGACGUGGGGAGCAACAGGGGCGCCUACGUCAAACUGGGCCCAGACCUUUUGCCUUAUAUGAUUCAGUACCAGGCCAGCAGCAUGACCCGAGAACUCAGUGUUGGACAAAGUGUUGGACGAACUGAGCGCUCGGCCCUCAAAGUCCUGCGGGAACAGUUGUUUGCACACAAGUCUGACCUCAUCUGUUCCUUCAAAAAGUACGACAGCGGCGGCACAGGUUUUGUGUCUCUUGCAGACUGGGCCUCUGCAGUGGAGAGUGUGAUGCACCUCAAUCUGCCGUGGAGGAUGCUGCGCUGUCAGCUGGUCACCUGCAAGACCAGCAACGGCAUGAUAGACUACCACGACUGGUUCAACGAGCUCGCCAUCAAAGGACCAAACACGGAUCACAUUGACCAGAGUCUGCUGGAGACGCUGUAUCGCCACCGCUCCACCUUGGAGACCAUCUUCAGGAUCGUAGACACUGACAACUCGGGCUUCAUCACCAUCGAGGACUUCCGGCAGACUUGGAAGCUGCUGAGCGUCUACUUAAAGAUGGCGAUCACGGAUGAAGCCAUCUCUGACCUGGCCGUCACCAUUGACAGCAACCACGACGGCAGCAUUGACAUAGACGAGUUCAUGGAGGCUUUUCGCCUCACGGACAAGAAGAGCCGGUUGGAGCGAGGGCGCAGCAUGUUUAUGGGCACGGCCACCGACCUCACCAAGUUGGACGAGGACCCCACUGUUUGAGUUUCAGUGAGUGGGAGCAAAGACCGACAGAAGAGAGUGCGACUCCUCGCCAGCGAGGCGGCAGAUGGGAGGGCGGGGAAACGCAAGCCAACGCAGGCUGCUUUACUGACGCACAUCGAGAAGUAGGAUGCUCCUGAGCAACAGCUGUGUGGAAGGCACGGGAUCAGGAUGAGGAUGUUAAGGAGCAUAUGCUCAUUUCAUUUUCUGAGGGAAGUGUGGGUCAAAACACAACCUCAUGCACAAGCACUUAGCUUCUGUGGUUACGUUGUAAUAGUUUAUCAACAGUAACCAAAAGGGCUUCAUACUUAGACUACGUCAUUAUCACAAUAACAAGGCAGUGACCGCUGUUAAAAAAAAAGAUUUGGGUCCAUAUAUAUCAUUAUUUUUGACAAAGAGUUAAAAAUAAAAAUAAAAAAAAAAAGGUGGCAAACUGACUGCAAUUUCUACUUAAAUUAUUUUUUUAAUGACGCACAAGAUACGACUCAGGAUUAGUUUUAUUAUCUGAUGCAUUUUUUCAAUGACUUGAUUUGUUGUUUUUGUUUAGAACACCUCUGAUAGGUGCAGAAAUCAAGUCACGGUUGACGUUAACUAUGAACAGACAGCACUCCGGGUUAAGAUGAUAAAAACAAACAAACAUGCAUCGACAUACAACUUAACUAAAACACGUUAAGUUGUAUGUUGUAUGGAUAAACAAGGCUGUGCAACUCUUCAAAUUCUACAUAAUUAUUUGAAACUAAAUGUUGACGGUGUCUUAGCAGUAGAAGAUUUUUUCUUUAUAGAGAUGAUGGUGAUGAUGAUGAUGAUGACGCUAUCUGCGAGCUCUUUGUUCCCCCCUUUGUCUUAUAGGUGAGGUGUGAGCCCUUACCUUUUCUAAUAAUUCAGAAUGAAUUGAUAUAUUUCCUGGACUUUUAUGUUGUUGUGGGCAACAGUGAGUUAUACAGUAUGUGAACAAUCUGCUUGAAGAGUUUCGGCACCAUACUUGGCCUUAUAAGUGUUGUUGUGGCUGUUCCCGGUCAUUGCUUGUAGGCCACAAAAGGUGGUCCUAGCACCACAGGACUGCUCUUGCCCACAAAAGGCAUGGGUCUUCCUGUAGACUGUGUGGAGACACUUGCAGUGGCAGUCGCAGAGGAUGCUCAUUAUGUUGAAAAACAAAUAUAAAAAAGAUAUGCUGGGUAAAAUACUGCAGAUGGUUUGGGUUUUUUGAAAGAUUGGCCCGUGCUCCGAUAAACUAGGUGCAAUCAAAUUAAGGUCUUCCUUAGGCCAGAACGGUUGCUGUAUUUUUUUUGGGAUAGUUUAAUAUUUCAGGAGAUGCACUUAAUUCUCAAAAUACAGUGUUUUUCAGUCAAACGGUAUCAGUUUAGGAUUGUUAGUAUAGUGUGACACAACCAUAAGAGAAGAAUUCACGGUAUACAUACUGUGUGUUGUAUGUAAAAUAUAAAAAUGCAAUGAACAAUGUGACAAAUCCAGGUUUUACUAAUGUUUUGGGGACUUAAAUCUGUUUACACAGUCACAUCAUGUGAGAUGAGUCCACAUAAUGGACUCAUCUUUCAUUUGGGGACACAAAUCAAGUCCCCAUAAUGGAAAUUACUACAUUUUAGGGUGAAUACAUGUUUUAAGGUUAGACUGAGGUUAGGAUUAGGAUUAGGCCAGUAGUAAUAAUGGCUAAGGUUCAGAAUAAGUCUCGAGGACAUGAAUGCAAAUCAAUGUAAUGUUCUCUGAAAUCAUGGAAAUCAGAUCGUGUGUGUGUGUGUGUGUG